AUGAUGAUGCGACUUCCGCCAAUAACCAUAUCUGCGCUGCGUCGGACCACAUCCGCUUCAUCGCUACCAGGUCGGAUCAGCAGCCGGCGCUGGAAAUCGACUCUCCAAGUGGUUGCGCCUUCGUCCUCGGCAGCUCGAGAAGUCCCCACGCCGCUUCUGUUUCUCUCGGCUUCCAAAUGGACAUCAUCUGCACCAGCAUCCGAAGCCUUUUCAGAAUGGAUCCAGCACUUUUCAGCGCAAGGCUACCAAUCAUUACUGCUCGACCUCGACCCGGAUCAGCCGCUCUCUGACAUCAAAGACGCUUCGGAACUCAUGCAGGUCUUCGAGAAGGAUGCCAUUGACACCCUCCGCCAAGCUGGUCAAACGCCACCUUUCCCACCGAUCAUGAUUUCGAGAGGUCCCGCUUCUCUCAUCGCCCAAACGUACGUCGCUUCGCGUCCACUUACGGCGCUGCAACUCAUCGACCCGCCUAUCAACAACACCUAUCUGCGCAAGGACCACCCCGACUUGCUGCCAGGGGAGCUGGCCGAAUUCGAUUUCGAGAUCACCUUCCCUAUUCGUGUGGUGUGGAGCCAGGCAGAGCUACAACGACAACAACAACAGAGUGUGCCAUGGUACGACGUGCACCGCAUUGAACACGAGAGAGAGGAGGAAGCGGAUGAAAGCCUGGACCGAUACACUUACGUUGAGGAGAAGCAAGGUGCUGAAUCGACGCAGGAGUGGCUCGAGAGCGAAGUCGGUGUUCUCGAAGAAGUCGUAGAGGAACUCAAAGCUCCUGGAGAAGCCGCUCAGGCUUCAGCUGCAACUCCUCCAACAUCGUCAAGAACCGAACUCGGCUUACCCGACUGGUUCACAGCCGGUACCUACACUUUACAACCCGGCUCGCGCAAGUAUCCGCUCACUCUCGACGAGAAGGACCUUUCCGAAAAGUUCAUCCGCGGCUCCGGACCAGGGGGUCAAGCCAUAAACAAGCUCUCAACCAACGUACAGCUCACACAUUUACCCACAGGCACCAAGGUGACGUGUCAAGAGACCAGAUCGCGCGAUCGCAAUCGAGAGCUCGCCAGGCGCAGGAUGAGCUUGACGCUGGAGAAACUAGUAAGAGGUGAGAGUGGGGGCAGUCGGAUCGACCGUCAAAUUGAAAAGGAGCGCAAGCGGAAGAUGAAUAAGAAGAAGAAGCAGAAGCGCAAGCAGAGAGAGAAGCAAGGUGAACAACUGGCAGAAGGGGAAGAUUCAAAGACGUCAUCAUAG